AUCAACACAUCACCCCAUCACCACAUCACCACAUCACUCCAUCACCACAUCAACACAUCACCACAUCACCCCAUCAACUCAUCACCACAUCACCCCAUCACACCAUCACCACAUCACCCAUCACCACAUCACCACAUCACCCCAUCAACACAUCACCACACCUCCACAUCACCCCAUCACCCCCACACCACCACAUCACCACAUCACCACAUCACCACAUCACCACAUCACCACAUCACCACAUCUCCUUGACACGACACCACCCCAUCAACUCAUCACCACAUCACCACAUCACCCCAUCACCACAUCACCACGACAUCACCCCCAUCACCACAUCACCACAUCACCACAUCACCCAUCACCACAUCACCCCCACAUCAUCACAUCAUCACAUCAUCACAUCACCACAUCACCCCAUCACCCCAUCACCACCUCAGCCCAUGAACACAUGA